CGUUCGAUCCGCUCCUUUCAGACGCAGACAUCAUGGCCGAGGUGGCGUGCCGAAACGGUUACCAUGGCGACGCCAUGGCGGUCAAACUCCCGGACCCCCGUGGCUGGUCCCCGGCCACCCGAAGCCCACCGGAUCUAUCCCCCCGGUACGAGCUGUCGGGAGCGCUGCUCGAGCAGGAAGCGGAGGAGGAAGAGGCGGGACUAGCGCAGGAAGAGGAGGACCCCGUUCGCCCCAGGAGGAGGAGCCUCACCUGCACCUCCCUGUCGCCCCAGAGGAGUCCGUACAGAGAGCUGGACCCGGAGCCCAGGUGGCGGCCGCAGUCCCUGUCCGGCAGCCGGCUCCUCACCACGCCCCCUAGAGGCCCGGAGGACCAGAGGAACGGGCUCCGCGCCGCCGCCGACCGCCCCCGACCGGAGCUGGGGGUUCCCAUGGGCCGGGCCAGCUUCUUCCAGCUGGAGCAGGAGGAGGAGCAGGGGGAGGAGGUGAUGAGGUUCAAGCAGCGCCCCGUGGAGGAGGAGGGGGGGGAGAUGGAGGAAGAGGAGGUGCUGGGGUUCAAGCGGCAGGAGGAAGAGGAGGAGAGCGACGGAGAGCCACCGGAGCUGGAGAGACCGCCCCGGCUGGGGGGCUGGGCGCUGGGGCUCCAGGACAGGGCGAUGGAGAUGGGCCAGGGCAGGGUGAACCUCAGCCUGCUGGAGCAGGCCGUGGCCCUGCAGUCGGAGCAGAGGCACGCCCUGCACCACGCCUACAGGGAGAUGGACCGGUUUCUGCUGGAGCAGAUGACCAAUGAGAGGAGGCACCACCGGAUGAUCGACAUGGACAUCCGACUCAACUACCACGGGGGAAAAGAUUCCCCGCGGACGGACAAGAAGGACAUCAAGUGCCCGACACCCGGGUGCGACGGCACCGGUCACGUCACUGGCCUGUACCCCCAUCACCGGAGCUUGUCGGGGUGCCCCCACAAAGUCCGGGUCCCCCCAGAGAUCCUGGCCAUGCACGAGAACGUCCUCAAGUGCCCCACGCCUGGCUGCACGGGGAGGGGUCACGUCAACAGUAACCGUAGCACCCACCGCAGUCUCUCGGGCUGCCCCAUCGCCGCUGCAGUAAAAGCCCCCAAGCCCCCGGAGGAGAGCCCCAAAGCCCGACCCACGGCCGACCGCUCGCCCAGGUCGAUGAACGUAAUGAAGAGGUUCGACAUGAACCAGCUGCAUUACCGGCUGUCCCACCCGGCGGCGGCGGCGGCGGGGGCGUUGGCCGCCCUGCAGGGCACGCUCGGCCACGAGGGGGACAAGUACAGCCGCCUCCGCUUCGACCACGCCAGCUUCGACGCACAGGUCUUCGGGACGACCGCCCUGAUGGGGGGCGGCGGCGGCAGCGGCGGCGGCGGCGGGGGUCCGACGGAGCAGGAGGCCCCCUCGCGACACCCCGAUUCGCCGCGCCACUUCUCCGGCUUCCUGGGCUCCCCGGGGGCCCGGCUGCCCGCCUCGGGCCCCCACAGCCCGCCCCCCCACCACUUCGCCAACGGAGACAGCCUGCAGGCCGCCGCCGCCACCGCCGCCAUCCUCAACCUCUCAACCCGCUACCGCAACAACAUGGACGCCGCCGCCGCCGCCGCCGCCGUGGGGCCCGGUCAGCCCCGGGGCGCCCCUGCCAAGGACCUGCUCAUCGAGGUGGACGAGAACGGCACUCUGGACCUGAGCAUGAAGCGAGGCAAGGAGCUCGUCGGGCCGACCCGGACCAAGGUGCCUGGCGAGGAUCCUCUGGCUCAUCCUCAUCCCCCUCCUCACCCUCCCCCUCCUCCUCCUCCCCCUCCUCCCUCUCUUCCUCUCGCCCAUCCGCAUCCUCCUCACCUCCACCCCAUCGAGUCGUCGAUGGCCAAGGGCGGCAGCCUGCUGAUCAACCCGGCCUUCUACCGCUCCCUGUGCGAGCGCGACGGCUGGGAGGGCCGCAUCCCCAUGAACUUCAGCAAAGUCACGCUCCUGCACGACAAGGAGCCGGAUAACUUUGACGACAUGACCCUGGAGGAGCAACACUAUCACCACGGCGACGGUGGCCUGAACAGCCCCAAAAACAAGCUGCUAUUACGGGACGCUAAGAAGGAGCUAAUGAGCUGCCCCACCCCGGGCUGCGACGGCAGCGGCCACGUCACAGGGAACUACGCCUCCCACCGAAGCGUGUCUGGUUGUCCCCUGGCUGACAAGACGCUCAAGUCACUGAUGGCAGCCAACUCUCAGGAAUUAAAGUGCCCAACACCUGGCUGCGACGGAUCGGGUCAUGUGACUGGGAACUACGCCUCCCACAGAAGUUUGUCAGGAUGUCCGCGGGCCAGGAAAGGCGGUCUGAAGCUCACGCCAAACAAGGAGGAGAAGGAGGAGCAGGAGAUGAAGUGCCCCGUAAUUGGCUGUGACGGACAGGGCCAUAUAUCAGGGAAAUACACCUCACACCGCAGUGCAGGCAGUUGCCCCCUCGCUGCCAAGAGGCAGAAGGAGUCCUCUAUGAACGGACUACCCUUUCCGUGGAAGGCAAAUAAGCAAGAACUGCCCCAUUGUCCCUUGCCUGGCUGCAAUGGCCUCGGACAUGCCAAUAAUGUUUUUGUCACUCACAGAAGCUUGUCUGGCUGCCCGUUGAACGCACAGAGUAUCAAGAAGAAGCAGUCUGGAGAGGAGAUGAUGACUAUCAAACUAAAAGCCAGUAGCGGUGUUGAGAACCGGGAGGAUGUACAACAUUUGGAUCAUGAAAUUAAAGAGCUGAAUGAAUCCAAUCUGAAGAUAGAGGAGGACAUGAUGCAGCUCCAAACCCAGCAGAUCUCGUCGAUGGAGUGCAACCUGAAGACCAUCGAGGAGGAGAACAAGAUGAUCGAGCAGCACAACGACAGCCUGCUGAAGGAGCUAGCACGUCUCAGCCAGACGCUAAUCAACAGCCUCACCGACAUCCAACUGCCCCAAAUGGGCCCCAUCAGCGAGCAUAAUUUCGAAGCCUAUGUGAACACAUUAACUGACAUGUACAACAACUCGGAACAUGAGUACUCCCCGGAGUGCAAGGUGCUCUUGGAUAACAUUAAACAGGCUAUUAAGGGCAUUCACGUCUGAGCUGUGGGGUUUCCAAGAGGCUCCUUUGACUUGGAAUAAUAGCACUCGGUGGCCCUCCAUUUCACUGAACAGCGCAGCUUGGCUGGGCUCCAUCUAUACCACAAGGCUUUUUAUAUUUUUUGGAAAUGUUCAGCGUUUCCACGGGAUAAGUACACUGCACUGAGGAAAAAAGGACCAGCCAGAUUCCUAAUGCUUUCGCUGUUUGUUGCGUCCCCCUCUCUUGAUAUGUUUAUUUCCCGGUGAGAUUUUGAAAAAAAAAAACCUUCUCUUGCACUUAAUUAUUUUGUAUGGUUUGCUUGAUUUUAAAUUCUAUCCGUGAUUCACGUCAUUAUAUUAUUGCUAUUUAUUAUAUUUGUUCGCCAUUGUAUUUAUUUUUUCUUCGAUUUCUAUUUAUUUAUAUAAUUGUAAAAUGGUUGAUAUUGACAAAUCGGUUGACUUUCUGCACAUUGUAAAAUUACAUCGAAGCACAUUCCAAUUUUCAAUCACGGAUUACUUUCGCCAUCUAGUGUUGAGGAUCUUAUUUUCAGACAUCCCCCCCCCCCAGCCCCACACCCUCCACCUAAAAAGUACAAAGCUACCAAAAUCACGUUUAACACUUGCUUUUUUUUUUUUAUUCUUUGCUGAAAACUGAAUGUAUGGUAAAGCAAAGUGAACUCUGAGAUCAAGAAAAUGCAAUUGCACUUGUACUGUAUGUAUUGUGUACCCCAUAUUCCAGCAAUGUGGAAGGCCAACGCCUCACAGGAAGAGAGGGCACCAAGUAAAUAAAUCAUUGUUCGAUGUCCUUCAGACGACCUGAACAGCACAGUCAACUUUGCAGUUUAUGCCACAAAAAGAGUGCAGGCGGACGGCACUUGGAAAACCCACUUUGUAAAGAUGUCUUUCCGUUUCUUGAAAUAUAUAAAUAUUAAACUGCCUUCUGUGCACACACACCGAAGUAGUGUGCAUACAGUAUGUGCCUAAAUGUAUAUGAAUCAAUAAAGGUAUACAGUAAUAUGUUUUGUGGUAGGACAGUCACAGUAUUACGUGGAUGGUGUCUAAUUUAUUAUACAGUAUGAUUACUUUCAAAAGGAGGAACUAUUUCUAAUGACUGUUUGAAUUCCAUCGUUUCAGUAGCUGUUUGCAAAACAUCCGAAUCGAGAUAGAUAUGUUAAUUUGAACUUUGGUAUGCAUGGAGAAAAAAACUGGUGGGAAUGAUCGAAAAACACCAUCUGACAAACAGCUAUGACGAAGUAUUUCAGUUGUGAUGUUUUGUUUGUUAAUUUGUUACUAUUGAUUUUUUUCUAAUGCUUAUAGGCCUUUCCAUUUGAGUAUGUCUUACAUUAAAACAUUCCUGUAUUUCCUAGAGCAAGAUGUUUAGAGAUUCCAUCCAUAAAGACCUAAGAUCAGAUCUCAAUCUGCAAUGUAAAGUCUCAUUUAUAUGACAAACUAAACACAUUCAGGCUUAUGGAAUCAUGGCUUUUUAGUUGUUUGCAUUACCUGCACUGUUAAUUUCGUUUUAUAGACAGGUAAAUCAAUUCCAUUGCAGUUACAGCUAUAACUGUAUUCAUGUCUUUCUGAAAGCGGUGAAAGUCCGACCAAUUUUAUUUGUUCAAGCAACGCGUCCUAUUAAUGCAAACAAAAUCAGACAUCUAUUUUGACAAAAAUAAUGUAACAGCAAAAGAGCCAAAUUAUAGAAAAUGUAUGACCCUGUAGGCUAUUUAAUCCAAAUAUUCAUUGAUCUUUAAACGAUUUAUUAUUUAAUAGUACGGCUAUAAUAAUUUAUUUAGAAGUUAUAAUAUUUAAUUCCAAUACUACACAUUGUUUGCUCAGGAAGUUUUGUGAAUAAUAUUUAUUUUUCCCUGGUAGUAUUUGAUGUUUUGUAAUGUGAAAUUGUUUUUUUUUUGUGGAAUGAAAUUAGUAAGAUAUCAAAGUGUACCGUAUUUGCUUUCCUUUUACAAUAAAUUGUAAUGAUUUUUCAGUUGAAGUAGUUUGUAAAUUGAAACUUCCUAUUACUUUUACUAUUUCAUAUUAAGCAGAUAUGCGGUGUGUUGUACAGUUUGUGUAUGGUAGAAAUAAACUUUUCAAACGUU